AUGUCUAUCCAAUAUUGUAUCGACAAAUGCUUGGUGGUCAUUUUACGGAUUUUCAUUGCCGUUACGUCUUAUUUCGCGCAUGGCGGUAUUAAAUCAUACCCAGAUGAAGUACGCCAGAUUCCAUCUCGCGACACUAGACGAACCAUCAAGGUUCAUGUGUAUACAUCAUCUGCCUCAAGCCCAUCACCAGUCCUGAUCAACUUCCAUGGCAGUGGGUUUGUCCUCCCCCACCACGGCUCCGAUGAUGCAUUCUGUCGCCAAAUCAGUCAACAAACCAAGUGCACGGUCCUGGAUGUUCGCUAUCGCUUAGGACCGGAGUAUCCUUUCCCUGCCGCAUUGAACGAUGUGGAAGACACCAUCAACUACGUCCUGGGCCGCCCGCAUGAAUUCGACCGCUCGCGUCUGUCCCUCUCGGGAUUCAGCGCAGGUGCCAACCUCGUCCUUGCGGCAUCGUCCAAUCUCUUUGCGCCAGAUACUUUCCGCUCCCUGGUCGCCUUCUAUCCGGUGACUGAUCUGAGUGUCGAACCAGGUACUAAGGUCGCUCCUAACCCCAAGGAAACGGCAGAGAUCCCGGCGUCUUUGGCCCGUCUCUUCAACCGCUGUUAUGUCGCCAGCAUGGAUCCGCGGGAUCCGCGCAUUUCCCCCACUUUCGCGCAGAUAGACCGCCUUCCGCGCCGUCUUCUCAUGAUCACCGCUGAUGCUGACAAUCUCGCGCACGAGGCCGAGGAAGUUGCUGCGCGACUUUCAAAGUUGGAGGGCAGGCAUGUGGUCACCCAACGCAUGGUGGGCUGUUCGCAUGGGUGGGACAAGUCCACGCGGCCGAACUCUCCGCCGCACCUACUCGAAGCCAAGAAACGGGCUUACCAGUUAGCGGUGGAGAUGCUUAACGGAUAG